AUGGCGCAGAGACAGCUUCGUAACCAGCUGGACGAUGAGAAUCUGCCGCGAUCUCCCCGUAGGCGUUUGAGGACCAGUCGCAACUACCCAAACAAGAUAGAGUCCGGACCCGGAAUGCCGCCAUCGCCGAUGAAUUAUGGGAUGGUGAUGAGGGCAGUGGAACCACAGCAGGUGCUGCUGAACACGGACCCUCAACAGGAUACAGAACGAUACCCACCGGAUCUACCCGAUCCAGAACAGGCCCAACGGGUAACGAUUAGAAGACAGGAGGCCGAGGGGCUGCUCGUUGAUACGCCUUAUAUGUUGGAAGACACAAGAGGACCAGGAGCCGUCGAUGAGUUCGUUCGCGCGGCGAUCACCGAUGGUAGCUUCACAAUCUUCAUGCAUUCUGCAUUCUGGGAGGGACCUAAUGGUGACGCGGCAUCCUGUCGCGUCAGUGGCACGACUGCUCGAGACCGUUGGGAACGAUGGGCAAUUCAUUGA